CCCCGCGUGGGGCCACUGCACCCCCCCCCGCCUGUCACCGCGGCCCCCGGCCAGGAUGCUGCUGCGGGCCGCGGUGCUGGCCGUGCACGCCGCCCUCCUGGCUGCCCUCCGCCCCAGCGACCCCAACGUGUGCAGCUACUGGGAGAGCUUCACGGCGGCAGUGAAGGAAUCCUACACCAAGCCCCACGUCGUGUCCUCCAGCGAGCCCUGUCCCGGCGGGCUGGGCUCCCCCCUGCCCUGCCCGCAGCAGAGGUGGGAGCAGCCCCGGCUCCCCAGAACCCCUUGGGGACCACACGAGUGUGACGAGCAGUCGUGGGGGCCGGGCUGUGGGAAGCGCUGCGACUGCCACCACGGGGCCCCCUGUGACCCCCUGACCGGGGUCUGCUCCUGCCCCCCCGGCUUCGCCGACCCUCUGUGCCACCAGCCGUGCCCAGCUGGCACCUACGGGCAGGGCUGUCACCUGCUCUGCCCCUGCCACCACCAGGCCCCCUGCAACGCCUCCACCGGCGCCUGCCUCUGCCCCCCGGGGCUGACGGGCCCCCUCUGUGAGGUGCCCUGCCCCGAGGGGACACCCUGUGACACCCCCUGUCCCUGCCAGAACGGGGGCAUCUGCCACCCAUCGAGCACCAGCACCUGCGUCUGCCCCCACGGAUGGAUGGGGGAGAUCUGCUCCGUGCCGUGCCCCCCCGGGCGCUUUGGCCCCGGCUGCCAGGGCGAGUGUCGCUGCCACAACGGGGGCCACUGUGACCCCCGCUGGGGGCACUGCCAGUGCGCCCCUGGAUUCACUGGAGAGCAGUGCCGGGAGAGGUGCCCAGUGGGGCGGUACGGGCAGGACUGCCAGGAGAGCUGCGACUGUGCCAACGGGGGCCAGUGCUUCCACGUGGACGGGGGCUGCCUGUGCGAGCCCGGCUUCCAGGGCAGCCGCUGCGAGGAGCGCCGCUGCCUGCCCGGCCUCUACGGGCUGCACUGUCAGAGCCGCUGCCUCUGCCACCCCCAGCACAGCCAGAGCUGUCACCCCAUGCUGGGGGAGUGUGUCUGCCACCCUGGCUGGGCCGGGCUCUUCUGCAAUGAGAGCUGCCCCCCCGGCUCCUUCGGGCCUGGCUGCCUCCAGAGCUGCCUCUGCCUCCACGGGGGGGUCUGUGACGGGACCACCGGCCUCUGCCGCUGCCCCCCCGGCUACACGGAUGAGCACUGCUCCUCCCUGUGCCCCCCUGACACCUUUGGGAUGAACUGCUCGGGGCGCUGCUCCUGCCAGCACGCCCUGGCCUGCUCCCCACUCGACGGGUCCUGCUUCUGCAAAGAAGGCUGGCACGGACCGGACUGCUCGACGCCGUGUCCCGCUGGUAUUUGGGGUCCCGGCUGCAACCAGAGCUGUGACUGCGCCCACGGGGCGUCCUGCGACCCCCAGAGCGGGACCUGCCGGUGCCCACGGGGCUGGCAGGGCCCCCGCUGCCUGCAGCCCUGCCCGAACGGGACGUUCGGGGCGGGCUGCCGGGGGCACUGUGACUGUGCCCACGCCGACGGCUGCGACACCGUGACGGGGGAGUGCCACUGCCUGCCCGGCUGGACGGGGCCGCAGUGCAAGCAGAGCUGUCCCCAGGGCUCCUGGGGCCGGGGGUGCCGCAUGUCCUGCUCCUGCCGCAACGGGGCCUCCUGCUCCCCCCAGGACGGAUCCUGCGCCUGCCCCCCGGGGUUCCGCGGCCCCACCUGCCAGCGCCCCUGUCCCCCCGGGCGCUACGGCAAGCGCUGCUCGCUGAGCUGCUCCUGCGCCAACGGCUCCUCCUGCCACCCCACCAACGGCUCCUGCCUCUGUGCCCCGGGCUGGCGGGGCCCCCGCUGCUCCCAGCCCUGUGCCCCCGGCUCCUGGGGGGACGCCUGUGCCCAGCCCUGCCUGUGCCACCACGGGGGGACGUGUCACCCUGCUGAGGGGACCUGCCACUGCCCGACUGGCUGGAGCGGGACGCUCUGCGAGGAAGCCUGUGUCCCCGGGACCUUCGGGCUCCAGUGUGACCAACUCUGCCGCUGCCCCCACAAUGCCACCUGCCACCCCGCCACCGGGACGUGUCCCUGCCCCCCAGGCACGACCGGGCCCCACUGUGAGGCUGGGACCCCUGAGCAGCCCUACACCAUUGUGCCGGCCCCCCCUGCAGCCUACAGCUCCCUGGGGCUGGUGCUGAGCCUGGUGGCCCUGGUGGCACUGCUGGUGGCCGUGGUGGUCAUGGCCCUGUGCUACCGCCACCGGCAGAAGGGCAAGGAGAGCCGGCACCUGGCCGUGGCCUACACGGCGGGACAGACGGACACCUCCGACUACAUGGUGCCAGACGUGCCACCAAGCCACCACGCACACUACUACUCCAACCCCAGCUACCACACGCUGUCCCAGUGCCCGCUGCCACCCCCCGGCCCCCAGGACAGAGCCAGCUCCCUCAAGGUGCCCGGCCCACAGCUCUUCCCUGGCCUGGAGAGACCCUACGGCCCUGAAGGCAAUGCCACGCUGCCCCCUGACUGGAAGCACCUCGGGGCAUCAGCCCUGGGCCCCAGGGGGGGGCAGCUGGACCGGAGCUACAGCUACAGCUACAGCCCUGGGCUGGGGAAGGGUGACAGCAAAGAGCACCCCCGGGAGGGGCUGGGGGCCAGCGCCAGCUCCCUGGCCAGCGAGAACCCCUAUGCCACCAUCAAGGAGCUGCCCACCCCCACUGCCAAGGCCCCCGAGGGCAGUUACAUGGAGAUGAAGUCCCCUGUCCGGCGGGAGAUGUCCUACGCUGAGAUCGGGGUCCCCGAGGAGCCGCCCCAGGAGGAGAGCGGCCCCACACGCACAGACCCCCCCAGCCACUACGACUCCCCCAAGAACAGCCACAUCCCCAGUCACUACGACGUGCCCCCCGCCCGCCACUACCCCCCGUCCCCCCCGCUGCGCAGGAAGGACCGCUGAGGGACCGGGGGGGGGGACACAGGACUGACCAGGAGGGGACAGAGCAUCCCUGCGGGGACUGGGCUGCUCUGGGGCUGUCCCUGAGCCCGCAGUGAAUAAAGGGUGUUUGGUGU